UUCUCAAGAUGAACCACCAAGCAUUAUUACUACAUCCUCUGUUACUACAUCUCCUGUUACACCUGUUACUGCAUCACCUGUUACUCCUGUUACUAAUUUAAUUGAAAUUGACAGUGAUGUUGCUGGUGAUAAUAAUGAUGUUGAAUCAUGUUUAUUUGAACCACCAAAAAGCGAUGAUGAUAUUAGCACUGAACUGCUUUCGCCAAUGCCUAUUGCACGAUCUAAAAAAGCGAAACAUAAUAGAAAUUAUUCUGCAAAGGCAAAUUCAAAACAUGCAACUAAAAAGCAGGUGAUGAAAGAAAUCGAAUCUGACAGUGACGAAAUUGAAGAUAAUAUUGAUGCUGAAUUGUCAUCAUCUGAAUUAUCUAGACCGAUUACACAAUCCAAGAAGAAAGUUAGAAAGUUGUCAGACAUUAGUAAUCACCCGUUAGUGCAAACGCAAGAGAGUGAAAAAGAUUCUAGGAAGAAAAAUAAAACAAAAGCAAAUGUGAAAUGUAUAACAAAGAAGCAAGCAAUGAAGAAAACUGAAUCCAAAAGG